UUGGAAUAAAAAAUUUUCUCAAAUCAAAUUUUUUUCCAUGUAAACAAUUGAUUAUUGUGUUGAUUUUACUUAAUUUUUGGUGAUUUUUUUUCUUCCAAUUAAGACAAUUAGUAACUAUCAUCAUGGCUUUAGCUGGUUUUAAGAAACAAAUCAACAAGGCUAAUCAGUAUGUUAAUAGUAAAAUGGGUCCUCUUGAAAGUACCAAAUUCACGGAAGAACAUAAAGAAAUGGAAAAGAAAACUGUUGCUACUGUUGAACUAAUUGAUAAAAUGAUUUCCAGAACACAAGAUUACCUUGUACCAGAUAUUGCUGAUGUAUAUGCAUGGGAACAUGAUGAAAGUAAAACCAGUAGAAGAGCAAAAUUAAUCCGAACUCUUCAAACAGAGGGAAUACAAUUGUAUUGUGCAAAAGAGGAGAAUCAACAAUUAAAAAAUGCUCUGGAAGAACAUCAAAUGACACUACAAUUUGUGAUGGACAAAUAUCGAAGUUUAAAACAAAGUAUUAAUCAAGCGAAAAUGAAAUAUCCUUUACCCGAUCAUUUAACCCUAGAUGAUCAAGAGAUUGCAUUAAACCGUCAAAUGGAUAAGAUAACUGAGAUGAGAGUAAUUAUGGCGAAAGCAGUACAAAUUGAUGAAAAUUUUGAUUCGAAAGAUAAAAAGUUAAUCGAUAAAUUAGUUAAAGAAAAUAUCACAUUAAGAAAACUAUUAACCACUCAAGAAGAUAAACAAGACAAAAAUGAAGAAAGAGACGAAAAAGAAGAAGAAAAAUCGCAACCCUGUCCAUUAGAAUGAUCAAUAUUUUCUAUUCUAAAUUCAAAAUAUACAAAUUUUUCUUUUUUUCUAUCAUACUAAUUAAUUAAAUCGACUUCCAGAUAAUUAUAACCAAUUUACUUAAUAGAAAUAAAAAAUAUUCCCUCAAUUUCAAA